UCCAACUUGAAUCGGGCAUGUUCUUAUCAGUUUGAUAAGGCACCUACUUGAACAGAUAACAAAAUGAAAACAAUGAUUCAGUAUUCAAGUGAGUAGGUGUGAUAUGUGAGCCAUCAUGAUUCAUUCAAGUUCCAGGAUUAUCAUAUCAACGUUAUGUGUUCUGCUGUUGCCUGGAAAAACAUUAGAAGAUGAAUCUAAAAACAUCAAUUCCUUCAAUAGUAAUCUGUCAAAUUACCCUCUUGGAGACAAGCAAAUUAAUGCUGACUACAGUAAACGAAUGUUACAUGACUUGUCAACAGUUUUAAACUGGGUGAAUGGGAAUAUUACAUCAUUGGAUGUUUCCAACAAUUACAUACAGAAGAUCCCUUCCUUGCCCGUUUUGGCCAGACUGAAAAAAUUGAAUCUCAAAGAUAACAAUAUCAAAAUUAUAGAAGAAAGAGCAUUCAGCAACCUUCCCAACUUGGAAUACCUGGAUUUGAGCUUCAAUUUUCUAACUGGAUUAACUUUGAGGGCUGAUGUGUUGAGAGGCAAUUUCACAUCCAAUCUCUACGAACCUCUACCAAUAAAAGUUCUGUUAGUUGGCUUCAAUCGGAUCACCUCGCUGAAUGCUAAUACUUUCGAGCAUCUGCCUUAUUUGAAAGAACUGCAUCUGUGUGGAAAUCCUCUCAAGUCGGCGGCGGCAUAUCAGUUUAAUUUUCUCCAAGCUAUAAACUCUGUUACUACUUUGGAGGUUCUGGACCUCGCCAAAACUGAUAUCCCGUCUCUUGAUUGCCGAAAUUUAAAAAAAUUGUCUUUAAAGAAACUCUACAUAAAUGGAAACCAAUUUACAAGAGUUCCAGAUUCCUUGCAUUUCCUCAGCAGCUUAGAACUCAUUGAUUUCAAUGAGAAUCCCAUGACCGAAAUAAACAAGGAAUCAUUCACUGGUUUAGUAAAUUUAAGAGAAAUUGUUCUUUCUGGUAUGCCAAACUUGACUUCUAUUAAGGCUGGCACUUUCACCAAUCUUUCAAAUCUGGAAACAUUGAAAUGCUCGUAUAAUCCUGAGCUGUCUUACAUUGAUGAAGAAGCAUUUUCAAAUCAUCCUUCUUAUGGAUUAAAAAAUGUGUAUCUAACCAACAACAACCUGCGUCAUCUGCCCAAAAAUCUAUUAAGAUGGUCACAACUCGAUAGAUUGGAGCUGGAUGGUAACCCUUGGAGCUGUGACUGCAAAUCACAGUGGCUCAUCAACUUCGAAAACCGUCGCAACCAUUCAAUUAUCUCAUUCAAUGAUUUGAUAUGCAGAGAGCCUCCUUGGUUGAACGGAACUCCAUUUGGAAUGCUGGCUCAUCCAUUCGGGAAAUUCAUGUGUGACGAAAUGACUAGAGUGAAACACGAAAUGGUUGCUUUCAAAUCAGUCUCAGAUAUUGUGAUUCUACUCGCGUUCACUGCACUAUUGUUCUUCAUCCUGGGAAUAGUGUUCAUCUACUAUCUCGUUUUGGUCUCAUCUAAGUCAGGAUUGGUCACCGACGAUUUCUGCACAUCCAAUGACUAUGAAGACACUACCAAAUACAUAAAAUUGAAGGAAUUGAAAUGUCAUAAUGAUCACACCAAAAUGUAUAUGGAAGCGUUGGUAUUAGUGUUGGCAUUUGCAGCAGUGGAGUGUGCGUUCUUGAACGGCGUCUGCGAUAUCUGCACUUGUUCUCGGCAGAAAUUUACCGACAAUCACGAGAACAUUUUUGUCAACUGUACGCGAAGACCAAGACUAGCUAAAAUGAUGCUCGAAAUUAGCGACACCCCUAACAAUAGUUACGAUCUAAAAGUUUCAAUGCAGCAUAUGAACCUAUCUUCUCUUCAGCCUACCGAUAGGUUUGAAAGACUCAACGUCUCCGAGUUAUACUUGGAUUUCAAUUAUUUGAAAGUAAUCCCAUCGUACUCAUUCAGUCAGUAUCAAAAUUUGACAGCUCUAAGUUUGUCUCACAAUGAUAUCGAAAGUAUAUCUGAAGAAGCGUUCAUUGGACUGAAAAGUCUGAAAGUUUUGAACUUAUCACAUAACGCUUUACAAACUUUUGACAUACGCUACUUGCAAAGUACGACGUCUCUAUUUAAACUAGAUCUCAGCUACAACAAUAUAUUCAUGAUUUCUUCCAAUGAUUCGUUGAAACUGGGAUCUCUUGUACACUUGGAUGUGAGUGCUAAUAAGAUUUCAGAGUUUCCAUCAUCAGCAUUCAAGUCUAUUGCAUUUUUGACUCAUUUGAACUUCUCCAGAAAUGCUUUGAAAACAUUAUCACCAAGUGCAUUGGUGGAACAGAAAUUGCUCAUCAAUGUGGACUUGUCACACAACCAGCUCAAAGAUUUGAAGCCGGAUGCAUUCGGUGAAGAUAAUGUGAUUUCUGAUUUGAGCUUACAACAUAAUUUGCUUUCUAACGUCAGCUUUAUUUCAAAACUGCAGCGUUUAUCAUCCAUCGAUCUGAGUUUCAACUCUCUUGUGGAGUUCAGGCUGAAUGACAAUAGUAGUGUCAGAUAUCUUCAUAUUGGGAAUAACAGCCUGACAAGCAUAGAAUCUAUCAUCAAACGUCUGCCGAUUGUUGAGAAAAUUGAUGCAUCUUGGAAUCAAAUUAAUAAAUUGCCAAAAUCAAGCGGAUUCUCUUUGAAAGAGCUUGUUAUUGAUGACUCAGCUAUAAUAGCUCUGCAGCCUCGGCCUCCCGGUAUUGGCUCAUUACAAUUUCUAUCACUUUCGAAUUUGAAACACCUUGUGAGACUCCCGCCCAACUCGUUUGACGGUCUAUUCAACACCAGUAAUGGAACUUGUAAUUCUCUUAAGAUUACGAAUAGUGGAUUGAAGACGAUUGAAAUGUCAGCUCUGAACAACUUGAACCUCUGUGAGCUUGAUCUGAGUGGUAAUCAACUUACAACACUGCCAGAGCAUGCUGUUGAUUGGGAUAGAAUGCGCAAAAUUAAUUUGCAAAAGAACCCUUGGCACUGCAAUUGUGAAAUGCAGAAACUGCUGAAUAGGGUAGUUACAAUACUAUACCAUACAGAACAAGAGAUGUUGGAAGAAUUGAGGUGUGCAUCACCAAUAUAUCUAGCGGGGACCCGCCUGGUCCACUGGUAUAACCGUUCUGAAGCAUCUCUUUGUGUCGAGGCUGAUCCACAUCAGGUGACGUUGAUAUCCAGCAGAUCAAUGAUUGUCAUCGACUUGUUUCUUGGUAUCAUUGUAGUUACCCUUGUUUUCACUGGCUUCUAUUUGCAAAGACGAGGAAUCAGGCAAAGGCGAAGCAAAAGAAAUAGGAGGUUUUGAAAAAUCUGACCUGUUAAAAAUCAGCAGCAUAAUGUUACAUAGAAUACCUUUACUGAAUGAGUUAUGCCAAAUAAUAAAGUGUGUAGAUAAUUUCCUGAAUGAUGAUGAAUAAAUAAUUCAUCUUCAACAUCAAUUUUGUUCUACAUUCAUUGUACAGCUUUGGAAAUUAUAUGACCACUUUGAAAAAUUACGCCUCUCAAUCUUAUUCCAUUGUUUAUAUUAUGGAAUUCGUAUACUAAAUAAAAUCAUGCAAAUGUUGAGAAUUAUAUCAAUGAUUCAAGAGAUUUAAGACUUGAUGAAAAUUAUAGUUAUACUGUGAUAAUACCAUUUCUAAACAUACAGUCAUUAGUUUUAGGUGAAAUUCGAUCAAAAGAACUUGUUUUAUAAUAAUUUAUUAUGAUAAUAUUGAUUUAUUAUUUUUGCAUAGGUAAGUUGGGCCUACUGUAGGCUACUCAAUAGCUUACCUUAUUUAAAUUUUGAUUAUAUCUUGAACUAGAGCUCAAUAGUAAAUAGUUCAUGAACCACAUACAGUAUAUUAAACAAUAAUUAUUUGGGUUUUGUUGGAACAAAAUUCAAGAUUGAUAGAAAAAUCAUUGCUCACUUUUUCAUUACCGUAUUGUAGAAAAAUAUUUCCCAUUGGAAUAUUCAUUGAAAUUGGAAUGUUUAUAUAAUGUAUAUAUACAAUGUAGUUUGAUUUUCAUAUUAAUUAUUAUGUUUGGAAAACAUAAAAAUGAAAUAAUAUAAAUAUAAGGUUUUAGAAUACCAAAUAUUGUAAUAGGCCUACUCUAACAUUAGGCCUACUGUGAGAUUGUUUUUUUUUUGUACAUUUCACACAUAGGCUACCGUACUAGACGCGUAGUUGAGGAGUGAGAAGAAGAGUUAUUUAUUAUGAGUUAAUUUAUUAAUUUAUCUUAGAAGUUACCCAAUAGGCUAAUAUUCAAGAUUGCUUAUUGUAAUAUUUGAAAUUGUAUGAGAAGUAGAAUUUUUGUAAUUUCUAUUGUUGUUCAUUUCAUUAAAGAUGAGAAAAUGAU